UAUAUAGUAUAAAUAUAUAUUUAUACUAGUACUAUACAAAUUAGUACUAUAUCGAAAUGAAAUCGAAAUAAGUGGAAUGUAAAUAAAAUAGGAUUAAUUCCAAUCAAUAAAUCUUAAAACGCAACAUGGAAACACAGCAAACAAACGAAACUAGACGAUUCGAUCAAACUGAAUUGUUGUUUUGACUAAACAAACAGUUGCGGAUGACUUGACAAUGAAUUCCAGGUCGAAGCGACUAAUCCGAUCUAUUUUCACAUUCAUAGGAGUUCGUCUAUGUUUCUGCUUUACGAAUAUGAUAUUUUCUGGGCAUUUCUAAUAAUAUCAAGUGCUAUUCCUAUUUUGGCAUUUCUAAUUUCUGGAGUUUUAGCCCCGAUUAGAAAGGGUCCAGAAAAACUUUCUAGUUAUGAAUCGGGUAUAGAACCAAUGGGCGAUGCUUGGUUACAAUUUCGAAUCCGUUAUUAUAUGUUUGCUCUAGUUUUUGUUGUUUUUGAUGUUGAAACGGUUUUCUUUAUCCAUGGGCAAUGAGUUUCGAUGUAUUGGGGGUACCCGUAUUCAUAGAAGCUUUCAUUUUCGUGCUUAUCCUAAUUGUUGGUUCAGUUUAUGCAUGGCGAAAAGGAGCAUUGGAAUGGUCUUAGUUCCUGAAUAUUCAGAUAAUAAAAGAAAGAAAAAGUCAAAAUAAUAAUACCAUUGAGUAUGAAUUCCAUCGAAUUUCCCUUACUUGAUCGAACAACCCAAAAUUCAGUUAUUUCAACUACAUUAAAUGAUCUUUCAAAUUGGUCAAGACUCUCCAGUUUAUGGCCGCUUCUUUAUGGUACCAGUUGUUGCUUUAUUGAAUUUGCUUCAUUAAUAGGCUCACGCUUCGACUUUGAUCGUUAUGGGCUGGUACCAAGAUCGAGUCCUAGACAGGCAGACCUAAUUUUAACAGCUGGAACAGUAACAAUGAAAAUGGCGCCCUCUUUAGUGAGAUUAUAUGAACAAAUGCCCGAACCUAAAUAUGUUAUUGCUAUGGGCGCGUGUACAAUUACAGGAGGGAUGUUCAGUACUGAUUCUUAUAGUACUGUUCGGGGGGUCGAUAAGCUAAUUCCCGUGGAUGUCUAUUUGCCGGGCUGUCCCCCUAAACCCGAGGCAGUUAUAGAUGCUAUAACAAAACUUCGUAAGAAAAUAUCUCGCGAAAUCUAUGAAGAUCGAAUUAGAUCUCAACAGGGGGAUCGGUGUUUUACUACCAAUCACAAGUUUUGUCUUGUACGUAGUACUCGUACUGGAAAUUAUAAUCAAGGAUUGCUCUAUCAACCACCAUCUACUUCAGAGAUUCCUCCUGAAACAUUUUUCAACUACAAGGGUUCACUAUCUUCCCACGAAUUAGUGAAUUAGGUAGGAUUUUUUUUUACAGAAACAGACAACGAAUUAAUCUUCAUAAAUUCGAUUUCAUCAUAAAUGCGAAAUAUUUAUCUUAGAAAAAUGACAAAUAAAAAAGAAAAGUGCGGGAGAGAUAAAAAGAUGCAGGGUCGUUUGUCUGUUUGGCUAGUCAAACACGGGCUAGUUCAUAGAUCUUUGGGCUUCGAUUACCAAGGAAUAGAGACUUUACAAAUAAAGCCUGAGGAUUGGCAUUCCAUUGCUGUUAUUUUAUAUGUAUAUGGUUACAAUUAUCUACGUUCCCAAUGUGCCUAUGAUGUAGCACCAGGCGGACUGUUAGCCAGUGUGUAUCAUCUUACGAGAAUAGAGUAUGGUGUAGAUCAACCGGAAGAGGUAUGUAUAAAAGUAUUUGCUCAAGGAGUAACCCUAGAAUUCCGUCUGUUUUCUGGGUUUGGAAAAGUUCGGAUUUUCAAGAACGAGAAUCUUAUGACAUGUUGGGAAUCUCUUAUGAAAAUCAUCCACGGCUGAAACGUAUCUUAAUGCCCGAAAGUUGGAUAGGGUGGCCUUUACGUAAGGAUUACAUUGCCCCCAAUUUUUAUGAAAUACAAGACGCUCAUUGAAUGAUAAGAAACUAAU